AUGAGUACCAUGAAGUUUUGCCGUGAAUGCAACAACAUCCUGUACCCCAAGGACGACCGGGAGCAGAAGGUGCUCCUCUACGCCUGCCGGAACUGCGACCACCAGGAGGUCGCCGACAACAACUGCGUGUACCGCAACGUGGUGCACCACAGCGCCGGGGAGUUCACCCAGGUGCUCCAGGACGUCGCUGGCGACCCCACGCUGCCCCGCACCAAGUCCGUGCGCUGCGCCUCCUGCGGCCACGGCGAGGCCGUCUUCUUCCAGGCGACGGCAAGAGGCGAGGAGGGGAUGACGCUCUUCUUUGUCUGCUGCAACCCGAGCUGCGGCAACCGCUGGAGAGAAUAA